AUGAUUGGUAGAUACCUAAAACUUAACAUCAAAAGUGUCCGGGUUUUGAGUUUAAGUCCGCGGAACGCUGGACGUUCGGUCAAAACGAUAGUAUGAAAUAUUUAUUACGCCGGUCGCCGUAGCGACGACCGUUCUUAAAAAAAAUAACACGGAUGUCAUUGCUGGUUUGAAAUAAUUCUAUCGGGAGUACCGUUGGCUAGUUAAAUACACAAACAAAUCAACUGUUGCUUCGUGGAUACGGUCGCCGGUAAAGUUAACGAGGGCCCGGCAACCGAGUAAACAACCUUAGUGUGCGAUCCGAACAAAUAGGUAAGAAUAAUAUCAAUUAAGAAUAUCAAAUUUAAAAUUCAAUAUACCUAAUGGUAUAGUUUUUGUUUUUGGUUUGGUUUUUUUUUUUAGCCUUUUGAUUCUACUGCACAUUCGUGCGCGUCAUCGUCUCUUCGUGUAUCUUCCAACACUAUGAUCAACAUGAUGUUCACCGUAGUUUCGCUAAUAGAGAGCAUGCUUUUCACGGCGAUCUUGAUGUUACUGGUACUGUGUUGGCUAAGCGAAGCAAAUACGAACAUUGCCGUCGAAGUGUGGAACGCAAUCGUUCUAAUAAGGUACGCGCGUAUAUCCGAAAAACCGUUUUUUACGUUGUUUUUCGUCCAUUUUUAAAACGAGUAAUCGGCGUCUUGCAUCGGGCGAGUCUGUGCCGAUGGCGAAUCGCGCCUCGUCAUCGUCACUCGUCGGCGAAUAAAGCCGACGACCGUGGUGCGCCUUUGCCGUCGCUCGCCGGCUGUUUUCCUACGAGAAAUAUACGCGAACAAUACCGUUUCCCGCGUCCACGACUGAGCCGGAUUUUUAUUCGGAUUUUUAUUGCCCGGCGUAUGUGACUACGGUUUUAUUCGCUGACGGACGGCGCGUGCAAAUUCGCCAAACGUUAUCCGACGUUACUGCUAAAUGCAGAUAUAGCCGAUUAUUGUACGGAUAUUUUUUUUUUUUGUUUUUGCUACGUCAACUAUCUAGGUAUAUAAUAUACAUUUUUAGUGGGUGUCUAAUGACCCAUAAUCUACGUGCGUGAAAUUUGUCACUGGCCGGACCGUUGCCUUCAAACUUUACCUGUACAAGUAAACUACUAUUCGAAAUUUCGAUGAUCCGACAAGAAAUGAACGGUUUAGUAAUGAUAUUACCCCGAAAAAAUAUAGCGUCAUUAAAAUAUAUGUUAUAAAAUACAGAAAUUUAUAUUGUUUUUUUUUUUUUUGUCUAAUACCCUUCUGUGUUACACGAGAGAAAAAAUCAAAUUUAAUUUAUAAUAUAAUAAUGAAAACUUAUACAUGUUUCUAAACGGAAAGUUCGAUCUCUAUUGUCCGGGGUUUACUUCGAAAAUACCUGCUCGAUUUGCGUCCUUACUAAUUAUAUAUAUGAUAAUAUUUUAAGUGUGUUAGAAAUUAUUUUAAUACAUAUUAGAUUUAUGAUUUUUAAAUUUAAUUACAGGAACGUUUUUCAAGUGAUAAUAAAAGACGAGUACACUACGGGCAAAAAUCAGGAUCCGGAUGUCGAAGAACCCGAAUCAGCGGAUUCUUCCGGUAAUCGAGCUUGUCAUCAAGCUUCGAGUUCUUUGGCGGCUGACCUCAUUUCGCCGUCGUUCCCCCUCUACGUUUGGUCUUCACAGCCAGGAGAUAAUGCCGCCCAAAGUAUCGGUAAAUAUACAUUCUAGGAUAGACUUCUGUAUAAAAAUUAUGAAAAAUACCUACCUGCAUCCUAAUAAUUUAUUUUUGAUUUGAUGUAGACGAAUCCUGCAUGGAGAGCAUAAUUCAAGUGGUUAAUUUGACAAUUAGAGGGGCCCAACCCGUCGAAAAAUCUCUAAAAUAUUUUCAAUUUAUUUUAUUUGGUUUGAAUAUGGGCGAGGUAAUAAUACUAUCGAUAUUCGUUUUAUGUAUUUAUUUUUAUUCGUCUUAGAUCAUAAAGGAGAAAAAAAAAUGUAUAUGUUACAAUGCUACAAGUUAUGUAAUUUAAAAAAUUUAAUUAUUUAAACAUUUCGCAGCAAAUGUAUAGGCGUAUUUAUUGUCACUUGCAUGAUCAGUUGGUUUGGUGGUAUUAUCGUAUUGGCGAUUCGGAACUGGAGAUUGUUGGGAAACUUUAUGGAGGGUUUAUAGUCCUAGGAAUGAGACUGUAAGUGGUUUUCUAAGGUUUUAGUAUAAAUAAUUACACUUAUAAGUUAGAUUGCGUAAUAUGCGUUUUUUUAGCAAUGUACCGGACGAUUGGAAGCCGAGCGCUAGAAUGGUUUUAAACCAUUUAGAAAAUUAUGACAUUAAAUAUUUAAACUUCGCCCGAUCCGCGUUCAAACAGUUAAACCAAGACUUACCGAAAAAGUAUUCACAUCUAAUCAAGGUGUGUUAA